CAUCGGCCUCCACCGCCUUCGCGACCAAGGGCCAAGGCAAGGCUACUCCGCUCUCUCCUGGACUCUGCACCGCUUCUCUCUCUUCGCUUCGGGCCUUACCUUCCCCAUCAAACAGGCCCAUUCCUUUCUGAGGACUCGCCGAACGGUCCAGCAGCAAAUACGAAUAUAAUCUUUCCUCCGCCUUUUUCCCUCUCGCCUUGCUCGCGACUCUUUCGAGCAAUGUCCUCUUCCAAUUCAGCAUCGCCGUCCUCCAACAGUUACCUCGAGCAGACGGCGUCUAUGCUCAGUACUGUUGGCGCGUACAUGCGGCUACCAGCCAUAGCCUCGACGGGUAUCGCAGCUGUCUUGACUAGCCUCCUCUACUUCAAGCAAAAAGCUCUCAUCUACCCCUCGCAUAUGCCCGCAAACUCUCGAACCGAUGUCCCAAGACCCUCACAGUAUGGCAUCAAGGAUUUCGAAGAACUCGUCAUCCCCACAAACGAUGGCGAGAAGCUGUCGGCUUUCUACAUCCGCGGCCCGCGCGAUGGGAAGAACUCCAAUGUCACCAUCCUGAUGUUCCAUGGUAACGCGGGUAACAUUGGCCACCGCUUGCCAAUCGCCCGCAUGCUUAUCAACUUUAUCGGCUGCAACGUUUUCAUGCUCGAGUACCGCGGCUACGGCCUAUCAACAGGAGAACCUGACGAAUCCGGCCUCUUCCUAGACGCGCAAACCGCCCUCAACUACCUCCGAUCUCGCGCAGAGACGAGCAACCAUAAGCUGAUUGUUUACGGACAGAGCUUGGGCGGCGCUGUCAGCAUCAAGCUGGUGUCGAAGAACCAAAAGGAUGGGGAUAUUGCUGGCCUGAUCUUGGAGAACACCUUCCUCUCCAUGCGCAAGCUUAUCCCUUCUGUGUUGCCACCAGCAAAGUACUUGACGCUUCUCUGCCACCAAGUCUGGCCAAGCGAAUCAAUCAUCUCUAGCAUCACAUCCGUGCCGAUCCUGUUUCUCUCUGGUCUCCAGGACGAAAUCGUACCACCCCGUCACAUGCGCCAACUUUACGAACUCUCUGCCGCGCCCUCUAAAAUUUGGAAGCCCUUGCCCGCAGGCGACCACAACUCGAGUGUUUUGGAAGAGGGUUACUUCGAAGCCAUCUCGGACUUUCUUGGCAAUGUCGCCGGCGUGACAAGCAAGGAGGAGAAGCAGCGCCUCUAG